GCCUUCUGGGCCCAGAUGGACCUGCCUGUCAAAGAGCGGAACUUCGAUGAUGUGAAGGAGCCUGUGCCACAGUUACGAGCCACAAGCACACACGUGACUCAGCCACAUGCGCACUUUCGGGCCCUAGUGUUCUGCUUGGUUUUUGAAAGCCCACACCAAAUAUUCUAACCCACCUCAUCGACACCAGCCAAAUCGACCGGUAACUCGACAACACCGUCAAAAUGCCGAGCCACAAGACCUUCCGUGUCAAGCAGAAGCUUGCUAAGGCCCAGAAGCAGAACAGGCCUAUUCCCCAGUGGAUUCGCCUCCGCACUGGCAACACCAUCCGCUACAACGCCAAGCGUCGCCACUGGCGCAAGACCCGUCUCGGCCUCUAAAUGCUCUCUCGACUUUUCCAUAUUCCACCCCCAACGAUGGUCUUCUUUUCCUGGUUGCUCUGAACCACCUCCAUUCUUCGAAAACUGGAGCGUGGGAAUGCGACCUAUGACGGCAGCCCUCUUUUCUCGG